GAGACGGCUUUAUUGAGUUGUUUCUUGGCGAUCUAAAGCUAACGUUUCUAAAGUUCGAGAUCAUUACGCGAAGUCAGUUUCACUAAACCCUUGCGCAUGGAGGAAAGUUAAUCGUUAGAUUUUACAGCAUAUUUCAUGGUUGUUCAAACAAAACCUUGCAUUUCCCCUGUAUCAAUAUUACCCACACCCAUUUCGAACAAAACAGCAGUAAAAAGCCAUGAUCUCUCGCCAAAAUCGAUUUUUUUCGACGUCGAAACAACCUUUCGCCAUCCAGUUGCAAUGUUUGUCUGGUGGCGAUCCCAGAAAUCUUUGCGCAAACACAGGAAUCCGUUUACUGGCAACUCAUUAAUUACUUGGCGCGAGGCAUGACUUGUUCAGACAUUUCUGAACGCCAAAAGAUCCUUAGACUUGAAUGCCACACCAAACACGUGAAUCCAACUGAGCGCACAAGGGAUUAGCUAAGUUUUGUCUAAAGAUCUCGUACUCCUGGAAACAUUCCUCCGAGGGACUCUUGUAGGAUAAACUCGAAAAUGCCUCAACAACAACAUCCUAAGACAGCUUCAAAGAAAAGAAGUAACGAGGAAGCGUGGAAUGGAUGUCCAGAGAAAAAGGAAAAACUGGAUUCUGAAACAGCAGGAGCUGAGACAACCCCAACCAAACAAGAUAAAGAAGACGGCAUCGGAAUGUCUGUGGAAUUGCGUACUGAAGAAGUACUUACUGCAUCCAGAAACCUUAAAGAUGAGAGACCUUUUCUUUGUUGUGUACAAUCACUUUGUCGUAAAGACAUACCACUCAGGCCUGGACAACCUGAUGGCAACCUCUUGAAGGCUCAUGAACAUGGAAAAGGUCAAAAAACGAUAACUGUAAACUUCACAGGAACCAGUCCGCACGAUCAACUAACAUCGUUCCUUUUGGUGAAAGACGAAGACACAGUUUCGAACGUCUUUAAGUACUGUUCAGGAAAGGACAAUUAUUACCUGGCUGUGAGGAAGGCCCGCCCUGAUGUGAUCCUUCGUAGACUUCAAAACUUUCCCGGAAACGAAAAAUAUUUGUUCUUUCUCGAAGGGGUCAACAAUAACGAUAACUACUUCACAAUCCAGUCCGUAAAAAACAAGAAGUACCUAUACUGUGAAGAAAAUGGUAACGUCAGUAUGAAGGUGGCAGGCAAAAAAAUGAGUAAUGGAGUACCUGAAGAUCGGGCUAUGUGGUUCUCCUUCUUAGAUUAUCAGCAACAAGGGCAUUCAGACCUUAUUCAAGAACACAAAACGUAUACUAAGAUUUUGUUGAGUUUGAGUGUUUCGUGCAACGACCACGAAGAUACAGGUGAAAAGCAGACCACGGCCCAUGAAAGUGGGCCUGCUGAUGACUCGGAAAAAGAAGCCCCGAAAGGUCCAGGAGAGCAGCACAUAACUGAGGAUAUUGACCAGGGUGAAAGGGAAGACUCACAGAGGCGAAAACAUGAAGGACCGGUGGAAGGAGACCAUGACCAGGGUAAAACAGAAGACCUUGCAGGAGGAAACUCUGAGGGUCUGAAGGAUGUGUGCAACGCAGAUCAACGGGAAGGAGACUCUGAGGGAACUGCUAAAAAUCAAUAGAAAGAACUCUGAUUAAGUAGAGAAGUGUAACUCUACAGACACCGAGACACUUACUUCAGAGAAAAACCAAAGCUGGAAAAUGAAUUAGUAAUAAAGGCAUGCUGAUUUUAAAGCUAUUAGUUGAGGAGGUGAAGUACAUCGUAAAAGGAUUGAUAACAUUAUUCAGUUCAGAUACAAUAGGAUAAUUUUCCGUAAGUUAAAAUACUUCUCAGUUUAACUAGAAAUUAUUAAAAAUUAUAACGAACAGGAUUAUUUACAGUAUUACUUGCAAGACAUAGGCUGAAAGCCAGAGCUAGAAACUCCAUAAACUUCAUAGAAAAAGUGCUCCUUCACCUGCCUGUUCCUGCGCUCAAUAGCGAAACGUUGCCUCAAUAAAACUGACAGCAAUAAAAUAGU